AUGACAUUUCUAUAUCAGCCACCUUCCACCUUUGCCUGCCUUCUUCUCUACUCCUUCCUCUUCAUCCUCUCCACAUAUCUCACAUACCUUCUCUUCUCCAUCUCUCUCUCUCUCUUUUUGAUACCUACUCUUUUGAAUUCUCAAACAUGUCCAAAAGCCCACACCACCUCAUGGAUCAAACUCCUCAUCUUCAUUUCCCAACUAGUACUACUCUUUGAAUCUCCAAGACUUGUUCUCUCAGAUGACACACCUCCAGACUGCCCUUAUCCAUGCCUACCACCUCCUUCAUCUUUCUCUGCAGGGUACCCUCCUCCUCCUCCAAGUCAAGGCAUACCAUCCUUUGGCUACUAUCCUCCACCAUCCGGCUAUGUCCCUUACUUGUCUCCACCCUUUGUCAACUUACAAGCUCCUCCUCCUCCCAACCCCAUCCUCCCUUGGUUCCCUUUUUAUUACAGGUCACCACCUUCUCCCAACUCUUCUCCUUCUCUCCUUUCUCAUCAUGCUUCUACCUUCAUGAUCUUGCUUAUAGUUUUUCCAUGCUGCUUCUUGUUACUUGUCUAG